CAGCUUGCCAAGAAACUCGAGAGAAGCAGCUGGCAACUGAGGCGUCUGAGCUGUGUGUGAGGCUCCAGAGCUCUGAGGAAAGAGCAGAGGCCAUUGCCUCACAGUGUCAGGCCAUGGAGCUGGAGCUGAGGAAGAGACAGGCUGAGAGAGACAAUCUCAGGGCUCGCAAUAAGGAGCUGCUGAAACAGCUGGAGCAAACAAUGUUGAGGGCAGAACACCUGAAAAUCUCUCUGGAAUGUUCCCAGAAGAAAGACACCAUUGCCCAAAAGGAAGAGGAUGUGAUUCUUCGUCACUCUCUGCAGAAGAAACUGGAAAACCUGGAGAAGGAAAGGAACGAUGUUCAGCAUGAACAGGAAUUGUACCAGCAGCACAUGAGACAUCUGGAAAAGGAGAAUGAAAUGCAUGCCCUUGACAUGCCAAAUCAGCAGAAAAUUACACAACUAUUGGACACUGAAAAGGAAACCAAGCAAGAAGAAUUGGAGAAUGGUGCUGCUGCUUUGAAGGAAGGAACAAGUGGGAGCACUCGGAGUGCUUCACUGGCCAAGUGUAAAAUUGCCAAAGGGGCUCUGAAGAAUCACUUGGCAUUCCUGAAGGGAAAACAUUGUGUUCAGGCAGACAAUGGCAUUGACUUUCAUUCUACUCCAGUGUCCCUGAAUUAUUCCAGUGAUGUUUCCCAUGAAGAGCAGGCUCUUGGAGCACAAGAGGAGCAGCUGUUUCGUGGCUCAGGGACCAGCCUGGAACCUAAGGAGCCAGUUGCAUCAGCAGAGGAGGAAAAGAGAGAGAGGCCUGAAUUCUCCACUGUGCCCAGGAGAAGUGGCGAGCAGGUGGAACCUGACAGGAGAAUCAGAGCUUUUAGGAGAAUGUUCCUCCCAGACUACUUCAUAUUCCCUGUCCACGAGUCUGCCCAUCGAAACUGGUCAACUUUUGAAAUAGAAGACUCCUCCAGUAGCUCAGGGGAGCAGCAGCCCUCGUGCUGAUGCACAGCCUGUGGAGAAGAGGGUGUCCCUGCUGCAGUCACAGCUGGCCCAAGACCGACAGCACCACCUGGAGAGCUGUGCAGGGAGCAGGCAGGAGACACAAGGUGCAGAAGGGACCUCCUUGCUUCCUGAACAUCUCAGAGAGGAGCCAGCUGGAUGCAGUUUUAGACGUAGUCAGUAGUUUAUGUUUAAAGGUGGUAUAGUAUAGGAUAGCAUAGGUAAUAGUAAUUGAACCUUUAUACAACUGUGUUCCAUAGGAUGAAGGAUAUAUUGAUAGAGAAAUAAAGAGUUUAUUCUGAUCACAAUUAAACUAAAA